UUUAUCCACACCUGUAGAGAUGACAGCUGAACUGCGAAUGGUACUUUAUGAAGAUGAUUCAGUGCAGAUUCAAUAUAUUGAUGGCUCCAGAUUGCAGCUUUCUCCGUGUGGUUCUGAAUUUUUAUUUGAAGAGGCACCUUCUGCUUUAGCUCACCCUUUAGAACAACCAAGAAGAAUUCAUCAAAGGACACACUUCGUAAUUAGCACUUAUCGAGAACAAUUACAACGAGCCUUGGAGUUUCGGAACUCUUAUGCAACAUGUCCUUUUUUAUCUGAAAGCAUUAUACACUCUGAAAGAAAAAAGUGUAUCUUCAUUGACAUCACAGAAGUGAAAUGGCCGAAUCGUAAUACUGAUGAUAACAUAUCAAUGCAGAACGGCACAGUGAAGGUCUCAUCUUUAGAUGGUCAUGCAUAUCUUUUCCUGUCGAAGUCUCAGCAUGAUUUUACAGUGCAUUUUUUAUGUAAAGUAAGCCAGCAGCCAGAAUCAUCUGUAGUGUUAUCAGAAAAAAACAGUCAAGCCCCAAAGGACAGACUAGUUGAAAAAAAAGGUAAUAUCUGUACACAUGGAAAUUUAUCCAGACAAAAACUGGAGAAUAAAGAAAAUGGACUUUGUUAUCAGAUUAUGAAAUCUACAGACCCAGUAGGGAGGAAUCGUGUAGAUGGAACUGGACAAAGGAAAGAGCUGCCUUCUGGUAUGAAGCGCACAUGUCUGUACGUGUGGGUAAAGCAGUGUUGGUCUGUUGCUACCUGUCCAGAGGAAUGGAAAUACCCCUUAUCUCUAGCACUUCAUUUUCAUGAUAAAAUCAGCAGACGGUGUGAAAUGGAUACAGAUAUCACCCACAGUACAGCUUUAACUUCAGAGGUGUCAGAGGAGAAAGGAAAAGAGGUUUCAGUUCUCCCAAGAGCACUAUUACUUAGCUGUCCUGUCCCACACCUGCACAGGUGGAAUUUUUGUGAUUCACUUUUACAGGGAGAGUCAGAUGAAGACUAUUCCUAUCCUGAACUAUUGAAAGUGGUUUGGUACAAGGGCAUCACAUAUAGACUUACUCAUAAAAAUGUGAACUCUAUAGAGAUUUAUCCUGGAGAUGGGUCUAUUUUUAAAUCUAAUGGAGCUUAUUUUGGGAACUUUUUUACACAUUAUUAUAGUCAAGAAGGAUCAGAAGAGAAAGAAGAGAAAAUGUAUUCAGUAAAUAACCUUCCUCCAGAUAGACCAGGAAGUCCAUAUUCUUUGAAUUCUCUUAUCAGAGAGGCAAACAGAAUUCUUCAACAUUGUGCCAAGUUGAGACUUUCUUUAAGCCAUAACUAUCGUAUAUGCUGCUGGAAAAUGGCACCUGGUAUAUGUGACAACAUUGUAUUGCCAAUGCUUUUGAGAGAAUCACUCAUGCCUAAUGUGGGAAGAUUUCUUGCAUAUUCUGAUGACAAAGUACAUGCUAUGUUUUUAGAUGGCACUACUCUAACCCUAAAUUGGAAUUUUGGCUCUUUGACUGAAAAAAGCCAGGUAAAUCAAGGUCUCACUUUAGGUUGGUGUAAGUUAACUUUUCCUGAUGGACAGGAUCAGUUAAUUCAGAUUCAACACCCUGGACCACAUGAAAGAUAUGUAGCAGCAGUGAUAUCAUGGUGCAGAAGGCUGGCCGAGACUAGUCAAAGAGAGAAGCCCACACAUCCAUCACCUGUUCUUGAAGAAAACUGGUCUGUAGCUUCUGAACUUGAAAAGAUAAAAGAAUUUAACUUGUUGUUGGAGAAUAGUGGCAUUCCAAACCAGAUUUCUAAGAAGAAAAAUGAGCUGCCUACUGGUGAGCAUAAACCAGAAUCUUCAGAAAUCAUGCUGGAAGAAGAUAAUAAUAAGAAAGUAUCAGUGGCAUUGAAAAAGACUUCUGAAAUCCUUCGGGAUAUCGACUGUCUUCUAUCAAACUCCAAAAAGUGAAAAAUGGAAUGGCCA